AUGGCUUUGGUUUCAGAGUUCAGAGGGAAAGAAGAGCCAGAGGUGAACUCUUCACUCUUGGAGGUCAGCUGGAUCCACAAUGGGAUAGUUACAGCUCUGUCUGGGACAAAUGGUACCUACACAGAGGAAGGUUUUAGUUUGGAUCCAAGUGCGUUUGCCAAUGGGACCUUCUCACUUACAGUGCAUAAUACCUCACUCAGCCACCAGGGGGAGUAUGUGUGCAAUGUCAGCUUCAACAACACUGAGCUGUACUCUGCCAAUGUGACAAUCACCAUUAUAGCUCCACCCUCUCUCACUAUCCCCUCUUCAGUGGUGGUUCUGAACAGGGAGAGUGUGAUAAAGUGUCGGGCAGAGGGGUUCACGCCUCCUCUGAUCUACUUCUCUUGGAUGAGAGGAGGAGAGGUGGUGAGACGGCCACGGCCAUUCAGGGCAGUCAACCGCACCAGCGAUGGCUAUUUCUGGGCCGUGAGCAGCCUGGCUCUCACUGCCACUGCCCAGGACAGGGGCGUUAACUACAGCUGCGUGGUGAAUCACACAGCCCUGAAGGAGCCUCUGCCUCUCUCUCUCUCCCUCUCAGAGCUCCCCACGGUCACUCUCUCCACCAUCCACAACUCAUCUCCGGCCUCCCCUCUCACCCUCUCCUGCGACAUCAGUGGAUUCUACCCCAGGGAAAUCUCUGUCUCCUGGCUCCAAAAUGGCUCGAUUCUGCCUGAUCCUCCUCUGAUCCAGCCUGGCCUUGACGGCUCUUUCAAGACCAGACAUUUUCGUACUCUGAGCGUGGAGGAGAGGAAGAGGUCCGGGGAGGUCCAGUGUGUGGUCCAACAGCCUGCUGUCACUGACCCAGUCUCUGCUACUCUGGAUCUCUCUAUCACUGAUUCAAUUGUGGAGGAGACAGUUCUGACCAAGUCAGCCAAGGCGUCAGUAGCUCUCAUGAUUAUCUCUCUUGUUCUGGUCUUCCUGCUGUGCUUUGGGUUCUCCUGGAGGAGGAGGGAUGAGAAGCUCAAGUCCCUGAGUGUGUCUGGUGUGAUCCUGCCCCCCCGGGUGAUUGUGGGUCAGAAAGGCAGGGUAACUGUGAGUGUGGAGGGCAGAAGGGUGGACAGAGUGCAGACUGCUUGGUUCCUUAAUGACACUCCCAUCUCAGACACCUCCCAUGCAGUUACUGAGAAGGGCCCUCUGCUCCCCCCGGGUGGCGAAGUUGGAUAUUACAAGUUGCACACACAACGCCCCCUUCAGUCAGGAAAUGGCAGCACGCAACAGCUACUCACCUCCCUGACUUUCAUCCCUCACCUUUCCAUCCACAAGGGGGCUGUGUUCAAAUGCCAGAUCUCAUACAAGGGGAAGGACAAAGUUGUGGUGGAGAGAGUGUCAGACAAGUUCACUCUAUUGGCUGCCCCUGAAGUAUCUGAGAUUCAGCUCUCAGAGCCAGCUGAUGGCUCAGGUAUCGUCACUCUUACUGCCCAGGCUUCUCGAUUCCACCCUGAUAUCAUCACUUUCCGCUGGUUUUGUCAGGGGGGGGAACUUAGCCCUGUGGCACCCCCACCGCCUCUCUCUGCCCCCCGGCCUGAUGCCCAAGGCUUCUUCUCAGCAGUCAGCCAGUGCAAACUGCCUCGUGCUGAGCUUGAGAGAGGGGAGACCAAAGUGUGGGUGACAGUGCACCACAUGGCCCUCAAACAGCCAAUCACACGAGAGACCAGAGGAUUCAUAAAGAGGCCUCAUGUGUCUGAAAUAACUUCCUGCUCGGCUGCAUCCACUUUCUCCCCUGAAAACCCAUUGACACUGGGCUGUGAGAUCACAAGGUUCUAUCCACCUGAAAUCUCAGUUUCCUGGUGGAGAGUGACAGAGGGAGAGAGUGAGGAGGAAAUCACGGAAGGUGCAGACAUCUGGGGGCCCGCGCUGACCCAUCCCAGUGCCUUCCGAGCAACUGCCACUCUGAGGAAGGGAAGGAGUGAAGGAGAUGGGGAAGAGAAAAAGACAAGGAUUGUAUGCAGGGUGAUGCACUGCUCACUGCAGGAGCCUAUUGAGAGACACUGGCAGGACAACCACUCAGCUGCUCCCUCCAUCCCCUCCUCUAUAUCUGUACAAUGGAAGAAGGGAGGAAUUGGAGUGUUUUCUCUCACUUUGUCGGGGGGUCAUCCCAGGGCCAAACUGCUGUGGGUGGCAGGAGGAGCCACUCUUUCCCCCCUCAUCUCCAAGGAGAGAGAGGUAGAAGGGGAAGACGGCAGCCUGGAGCUGAGGAGCAUGUGUGCCGUACAGACAUUUACAGGGAGAGUAAACACCGACAGACACGUACACACCCAGAGGAAUGGACACGUGCACAAACCUGAGGAGGAAUUAUCAUUAUGA